AUGGGCGACGACUUAUCCAUGUUCCUGGCCGUCGGCGCCAUCUUGCACCAACUGCUGUGUUUCAAAGCUACGGUGAAUGAGAGGAGGAAGUACACGGCGUAUAUCCUAGGAAGUCUGAUCCCAGUAUCCGUGUACCACGUCUGGGCCGACGAGAUCAUUCUGCAUGAGAUUGCGUUUGCGGUCAUGAUAUUCUUGGUGAGUAAGUACACGCGCGCGCUUAUUAAAGUGCAAAUCACGUCCGAAGAAGCUCGCAAGAAACUUGGGAGGAUGGCUACCUUUGGCAUCUCGACUGGCCUCUUCGGAUACUUCUUGUGGAACAUUGAUUUCCACGCGUGUUACUACGUUACAGUCUUCAAGAGAUGGGUGGGACUGCCCUGGGGUUUCUUGUUCGAACUACAUGGGUGGUGGCAUAUUUUUACGGCGAUUGGCGCGUAUGUGGGUAUGGCGCUUGUGGAGUAUCUUGUUACGGUUGAGGAGGGGGAGACGGGGAGGGUGGAGGAGGGGUUUGUGUGGCCGGUUAGGAGCGUGUUGAGGGAUUUGGAUGGGGUUGAGAGGACGGGGGUGGAGGGGAAGAAGAUGAAGUGA